AUGGCUUUGGAGGUGCUGCAGCAGUGCUGUGGCGGCGGCCACGCCAUCCCCUGCCGCCGAAAGAUGAUUCAACGAGAAGCAGAAGUAAAAAACAAAGUUACAGCUGUGGCGUUAACAGAUUCCGUUCACAACGUGUGGCAUCAGGAAGCUGGCAAAACUAUUCGGGAGUGGAUGCGCGAGAACUGUUGUAACUGGGUAUCGAGUUCAGAACCACUGGAUACAUCAGUUGAAUCCAUGUUACCAGACUGCCCACGUGUCUCUGCAGGUACGGAGAGGCACGAGCUGACCUCGUGGAAGAGCUUCCCGUCGGCCUUCCGGUUCUUCGGCGAGGCGCUGGAGGCGAAGCACAGCUCGGGCAGAGGGGCUCCGACGCGGCGCUCGCAGAGGAUCCGCUACGAGGAGCUGUAG